AUGCGAAUUGGUCUUGUUAUUCGAAAUGUCGCCUGGUGUCGACAAACCACUCAUUUAAACCACUUCUCACAACGUUAUGCCUCUACAACCGCGACUCAACUCUCCGACGCGGACCAGGCUAGACUUUUCCGCCAGCGAAAUAUUGGCGUGUCGGCGCACAUCGACUCUGGCAAAACGACACUUACGGAGCGGAUAUUAUUCUACACUGGUCGUAUAAAUGCUAUUCACGAGGUCCGAGGAAAAGACAAUGUUGGAGCAAAAAUGGAUAGUAUGGACUUGGAAAGAGAAAAGGGCAUCACCAUUCAAAGUGCUGCAACAUUUUGUGAUUGGAACACAAAAAACCCAAUCUCUGGCGAGAAGGAGUCGUAUUCCAUCAACAUUAUCGACACGCCAGGUCACGUAGACUUUACUAUCGAAGUUGAACGUGCUUUGAGAGUACUCGACGGGGCUAUAUUGAGUCAAACAAUCACCGUGGAUCGUCAAAUGAGACGAUAUAAUGUUCCUCGCAUCUCCUUUAUCAACAAAAUGGAUCGACCGGGUGCGAAUCCUGCGCGCGUUAUCCAACAAAUUCGUCAGAAACUUCGUAUGCCAGCGGCUGCGGUACAAGUGCCUAUCGGUGCGGAAGAUGAAUUCAAAGGAGUGGUCGACCUCGUCCGCUGGAAAGCCAUUUAUAAUUCAGGCCACAAAGGUGUUGAAAUUGUCGAGGAAGACGAGAUCCCCGCCACAGUGUUACAAGAAGCACAGGAUCGGAGGGCUGAGCUCAUCGAGCAGCUCGCAGAGGUCGACGAAACUAUUAGUGAUGCAUUCCUCGAAGACGGUGAGAUCACGACAGAAAUGCUCGUCGGGGCGAUUCGAAGGGCCACCAUUGCACGAAAGUUUACCCCAGUCUUCUUGGGGUCAGCCGUCAAGAAUACAGCCGUUCAGCCAUUAUUGGACGGUGUUUGUUCUUAUCUUCCUACACCUUCGGAUGCUGCUACAUCUGCGCUCGACCUCUCAAAGCCUUCUGGUGAGCAAGCCGUCGAUCUGGUUCCUGCAGCGGAAGCACCAUUAGUCGCGCUCGCAUUCAAGCUUGAAGAAGGACGCUAUGGCCAACUUACGUAUAUGCGCGUCUAUCAAGGCUCUAUUAAGAAAGGCGGUUGGAUAUGGCAUGCAAAGACUGGCAAACGUGUCAAGGUACCGAGACUAGUGCGUAUGCACAGUGACGAUAUGGAGGAUAUUGAAACCAUUGGUCCUGGAGAGAUUUGCGCCAUCUUUGGUAUCGAAUGUGCGUCUGGCGAUACAUUCACCGACGGCCAAUCAUCGCUAUCCAUGUCAAGCAUGUUUGUACCGGAUCCCGUCAUUUCACUGUCCAUCAAACCGGAAAGCGGCACCGAGACACCCAACUUCUCAAAGGCAUUGAAUCGUUUCAAAAAAGAAGAUCCAACAUUCCGCGUGCAUGUUGACCCUGAAUCGCAGGAGACUAUCAUCUCCGGUAUGGGCGAACUUCACCUUGAAAUCUAUGCAGAACGGAUGAAACGAGAGUAUGGUGUUCCAUGCGUUACUGGCAAACCCCAGGUCGCCUUCCGAGAAACCAUUCAGGGUCCUGCCAAGUUUAACUACACGCACAAGAAGCAGACCGGAGGUGCCGGUCAGUUUGCUCGUGUCAUCGGAGGCAUCGAGCCCGAACCACGUGACCCGGAAACGGGCAAAGAUGUCGUAUUCGAAAAUCUCGUUAUGAGCGGCAACGUUCCAAGCAACUAUAUCCCGGCCGGCUUCCUUGAGGCUUUGGAAAAGGGAUCGCUGGCUGGUUGUCCUGUCAGCGGUGUCCGUCUUGUGCUAGAGGAUGGUGCCUUCCACGCAGUCGACUCGUCUGAGCUUGCUUUCCGUUUGGCGACGAUUGGAGCUUUCCGCGAAGCGUACAAAAACGCAUCUCCGGUUAUCCUUGAACCUAUCAUGACAGUAGAAAUCACGGCUCCGGUGGAGUUCCAAGGAAACAUUAUCGGUGGUAUAAAUCAGCGGAGAGGCACCAUCAUCGACACCGAGGUCCGCGAUGACGAGUUUACUCUCAUUGCGGAUGUCAGCCUUAACGACAUGUUUGGUUAUUCCAGUGCCUUGCGUGGUGCAACGCAGGGCAAAGGCGAGUUCUCUAUGGAGUACAAGGAACACCAACCAGUCUUGCCGCACGUUCAGAAGGAGAUGGCGGACGCAUACCGCAAGAAGAUGGACAGCAAGAACAAAUAG